AAGAAUGGAAAAUUGCCAGAUAUAGCAAUCCUAUCUGUCAUCUCUUCUUUUUUUUUGCCCUAAUUUUUUUUUGGUGGAAUUUCCCAUCCUUAGCCUCCCACAGAAAAUCCUAAUCAAUUUCAAGCAACCAGUAGUAGUUAUAUACGGACACUUCCUCCCCCUCUGUUUGGCUUUUGCCUUCCUCUGUGUGUACAUAUAGAAAGAAGAACUUCACAGAAACCCCAUAUUCAUCACCAUCACCAUCAGAAGAUGGGGAGAGGGAGGAUCGAGAUAAAGAGGAUCGACAAUGUCAACAGUCGUCAAGUGACGUUCUCCAAGAGACGAAAUGGGCUGAUGAAGAAAGCCAAAGAGCUUUCCAUUCUCUGUGAUGCUGAGGUUGCUGUUAUCAUCUUCUCCAGCUCCGGAAAGCUUUACGAAUUCUCCAGCGGCAGCAUGCAUCAAACUCUUUCCAGAUAUGGCUACAGCUCUCCAGCUUCUGACCAGAGACAACAACAACAUCAGCAACCGCUCCAAGACAACUAUGCAGAGAAGAAAACUAGUGAUUCUCUGAAGAGCGAACUCGAGAGGUUGCACCUUUGUUACGAGAGAAUGAAGGGGAAGGAGCUGGAUGGAUUGAACUUUUCCGAGUUGCUUUCUCUCGAGAACCAGUUGAAUGAAGCCUUAUUAAGCAUCAAGGAUCAGAAGAAAUUCCGUCUGGUUCAGACUCAGGUCCUGCUCAAUCAGAUUGAACGAUCCCGGUUACAGUUGGAGAAGCUCGGGAGAAGAAGUACAGGACCACCAUUGGAGUCAACUCUGGCAAACACAGUUUCACGUAUGUUUGCUUCACUACCGAUCCCGGACACAAGAAUGGGAUGCAACAGUUCUUCAUCAGAUGACGACGAUGACAGCAAUGAUCACCAUUCAGACACUUGCUUGCACUUGGGGUAA